AUCAAAUGCUUGCUCAGACUCUCCGUCAUGGCGUUUUGCAAAUCUCGUUUGGGAAUCAAACCGCAAAAGAUACUGUUUUGAGAGCUGGCCUUGACAUCAAGGAACGACAUUAUGAAUGUGUAGAGCUGUCAGGUUCACGACCACAAAAUGCACACCCUGCAGGACCACCACCUGCACUGGUGACAUGUAAGAUGCCAUACGAGAUGCCAGAUGCAACAAUAAAAUUGUAUUGUCAAAACAUGGCCAUGUGUCAUGUUUACACCGUAGAUGCUACUCUUUCGCCCUCAUGAUUGAAACAGGAGUUCGAGUAUUCACUGUUGUUAACCCCAAGGGAAUCUUUCCUAUCUCAUUGCAAGUUGGCCAUUACCUAAUCAGGUUUUAUGUCAGAUAUGCAGGUGAACCAACACGGUGUUAUCGAUGUGACGAAGUCUAUCACCACGUGAAAGACUGUCCAAAACCGUCAUCCUUCCGACGCUGUUAUUAUUGCAAUGGUACGGAUCAUGUGUAUAGAAACUGUAAAAACUAUAGUACGGCUAGCACAAGAGCUACAGAACAGAACAGACCAGAACAGUCUGACACAUCUGUGAAAGAGACUACACCACCACUACCUUGUGGUUAUGAGGGUACCUUAUCAGAUGACAAGGAUGACAUCCAACUCAGUGAAUGGGAGACAAAUAAGACAAGCUGGUGUGAAGCAGAAUCAAAUCAAGGAACGGCAAGUGAAAUUGACAUGAAAGAUGGCUCUCAGAGUGAUGCAAACGAUAAAAGAACACGUAAAAGAGGAAUGAAUGAAAAAGAAACACUCACCAACACCUGACACGAAUACACAGCUAAAACAAGGAAAGAAGAAGAAGAAGAAGAAAGCACGAGAACUCAGCUACUAUUACAACUACGGAACACCCGCAUGUGGAAAACCAGGACGCAUGUGGGACGUUGCCAGCUCCAGUCUAGACUCGACUGGAAAUGUUUUGUGUUUUUUUUUCUCUUUCCCUCUCUAGCUGUAAUAACUCCACAUAUUGCUACUCUCAUUGCUCAAGGAAUGACUAACAGGAUGAAACGACAACAAAUUGCAGACUGGAUGAUCAGAAAGAAUAUCGAUAUUUUGAGUUUACAAGAAACAUAUGCAACAGCUGAAAAUUCAAAUUGGCAAUUACAGUUUCCUAAACAUCCCAUUUUUCAUGCUUAUGGUACAAAUCAUUCCAAAGGAGUAUCUAUCAUUCUGAAAAAUAUGCCCCAACUACAAUGCAAGAAGGUCCUACAAUACUCCAACGGACGUUAUUUAUCUAUGAAAGUGAUCUACCCUUCCCUCACGUUCGACCUCGUCAACCUUUACGCACCAACGUCCUCAGCUGAUCGCAAAGAUUUCUAUCAAUCGUGACUUCACAGCUGCAGAAUGCACCAAGACUGGUUGUCUGUGGUGAUUUCAAUUGCGUCCUUAACCCCAGUAUGGACAAACUGUCCCAAGCACAACUAGGACCCAGGAGCAGCGACACUGCUGCACUUCACACGCUUCUCUCAACCCUCAACUUGACUGAUAUAUACCGACAAUGCCAUCCAGAUGUUCCGGGUUACACAUGGAGUCGAUCAAAUCCACCAGUAGCCUGCCGACUAGAUAUGUUCCUAACCUCGUGUGUUGGAAAACAAAGUACAUGAGAUUUCUGUUCUUCCCACAGCGUUCAGUGACCACUCGUGUGUACUUCUCAAACUUCUAGCUUCGUCAACAUGUACUAGAGGACGGGGAUAUUGGAAACUUAACAAAAGUCUUUGUGUGAGGCUUGUUACCGACGGAAAGUCACCGCCUUUUUCGGCAAUAUCAGAAACCACGGUUUUUAUCGCUCCUCGAAUGGUGGGACACCGGAAAGGCUCAUAUCAAAUCUUUGUCAAUACGUUAUGGAAUUCAACGCCAAAGAAAACGAAAUAAAACUAGAACCUGACUUGAACAAUCACUACAAGAAGCACAGUGCGCAAUUCAAAACGGCCAAAUCACAGCAGUCUCGAGCAGAAUUACGCUGCAGGGUCCUGCUCAAGUUGUCGCUGUGACGUAGAGUAAGUUCUCCAAGGGCUACACCAAAUAUGAAAGAAAACUUAGUCAUUUGAUGUGCAAC